CAUCAACACUCCACCGACAACACCCCUCCUCUUCCUCCUCACCACCGCCACGAUGGGCUCCACAAUCGUCGAUAUCUCCUCUCCGCAACACUUUUCCCAAGUCCUCUCCUCCUCGCGCAUCGUCGUCACCGACUUCUGGGCCACAUGGUGUGGACCAUGUAAAGUAAUCGCCCCCGCCUACGAUGCGCUCGCCAGCCAACUCAGCAGACCUGGCUCCAUCACCUUCACGAAAGUCGACACCGAUGCGCAGAAGGAAAUUGCCCAGACGUACAACAUUUCCGCCAUGCCUACCUUCCUCAUCUUCAAAGCCGGGCGCGAAGUCAAGAGAAUCAGAGGUGCCGAUCCCAAGGGCCUUAACGAGGCUAUCAAGCAGAUCGCUCUCGAAGCGCAACAAAGUGAUGCUGGCGGCGGUGGCAGCUCCAGCGCAGGACCGAGUGGAACAGGUGGACCUCAAUGGCUCGCUGUACCAGGACCAAAGGGAUACCACGAGAUCAGCGACGAGGUCGAGAUCAAGGGUCUCGAUUUCCUGAACGUAGACGGAGAAUCAGGCGAGCGGAGAGUAAUCUUUGAUCCUUCACAACCUAGCGGUUUGGGCAAGGGCAAAUCAGCAGGGAGCGGCAAGAAAGACUGGAUCGAAUCGGACACAGACGAACAGCUGAUGCUCUUCAUUCCAUUCCAAGGGACGCUAAAACUACACAGCUUGCAAAUCACUUCAUUACCAGGUGAAGAGACCACGCGACCACGGACAUUACACCUAUACUCGAAUCGCAGCCAUGUGCUAGGGUUCGAUGAAGCGGAGGAUACGCCUGCAACUCAGACCGUCGAGAUCAAGGAGCGCGAUUGGGACGAGGAGACACAUACGGCGAAAGUGGAACUACGCUUCGUCAAGUUCCAGAACAUCAGCUCAAUCACAAUCUUCGUGGCCGACGGGCAAGGCGACGAGGAGAAGACACGAAUCGAUCGCGUGCGUCUGUUCGGAGAGUCAGGCGAGAAGAGAGCGAUGGGAAAGUUGGAGAAGAUUGGUGAUGAGCAGGGAGAGUAGACGUGUACACACGCAAUGUACGCAUUGAGGGUCUGAAAAAGGAUAGAGGUCACGUUGAAUGCAUGAGUACGACUAUGAUCACGAGAUAGAUGAAAUCGGUAUGAAACAAAAGUGAUGCGUGAUCGCGAGCUGAGCGAAACACCAAGGCUUCUCAAACCAUACUGGCUCAUCUUGAAUAUACUAAUGUACGGAUGAUUCGCAGUGAGACGAACUCACUUUUGGACAAUCGACAUCUUAUCCUCCCCCG